UAAGGGUGGGGGUCAAAUCAGAUGGCUGCUGAACUGCCUUCCUCCUCUGAGAUUCUGGGAUUCCAUGUCAUUGUGAUUAUGUAAGCUGGGUGACUGACUGUGUGAUUUAGCAAAGAACAUGGGGUUUCUUGUACCAAGUCCAGUUUCCACGUUAAGCACUUUGACCUUCACUUGGGGUUAGGGAAAGAGAGGCACGUGAUCACCCAGUCCUUUGAUUUGCCACUUUGCAAACAUCUCCUGUGGCCAUUUCCCCCAGUUAUGGGAAAAUUAAUGCCAGAGAGAAACUGUUUGGAAGAAAAGGAAUAUGGAAGUUGAUAGUUAAUAAAAUAUAUACUGCCAUUCAGUGUAAAACUUGGUAAAUGUUUAAUCUAGAGAGUAAAUAGGUAACAGUAAAUGAGCAAUUAGGGGACCACUUGAUCAGUGAAAUAAGCUAUCAACUGCAUCCAACAUUUAAAAAUUGCUUCGACAGACAUGUGUUAGUGUGGCAAGGCCCAAUCAAAUGGGGUACAAGCAAUAGGAGUUUGCUUCAGCUUUGAAAAUCAUUCCCAGGCAUUGUACUUUGGGAUUUUCUUAGUUAGCCCCAGUUUCUUAAAUCAUUUCAUAAAAACACCAAAAUUAAAUCUUUUUAGGAAAAAGUGCAAAGAACUCUUUAAUUUAUCAUUCAGAUAAUGGAGUCCCCUGAAUUUCUCCUAGGCCAUAUCUGGAUGAGGUGUUUUCAGCCACACCACAUCGCCUAUGAGUUCUUCAGCCAACAGCAUAGAUUUCUGUGAGGAUUCCGUUCACACUGGGUCCUCUCCCACUUGCUCAUGGCUUAGCACCACAACACUCAGUAAGGGUGCUGGACUGUGUCCUGUGCUUACCUUACAAUGUAGGAUUAGUUAGAGGAACCGAAGGUCAAAACGUGAUGACUGCUUAAGUAAGUACAAUGAAGUGCCAAGUAUUUUGUACAUAGUAGGUGCCUAAUGAAUGCUUUGGGAAGGAACGAAUGAGGGCACAAUUGCUAAAUGUUCAUUAGUCUCCGACAUUGCUGAUGCAGCCCUAAGAUCAAUUUCAGCCUUCACUAAAAUGGAACUAUUUCACAUCUUGUUGCAACUUUUUGCAACUCAGUCGCAUAUUCUACCCAUCAGCAGUGGUUUCUCCCACAAAGUUUCUCUCGAGCACACUGCUUAACUCAAUUGGAUGCCAAUUCCUUGUCAUUACACAGUUUACCAUUGAUCUGGGCUCAGUGUUUUCGGCAAAUGUCGCUCCAAGUUAAACAGGUAUUACCAUUGUUUUCAGCAAAUCAGUUUCUGCGACUAGGUCUUUUAUAACCAAGAUUAUUAUCUGCACGUCAACAAUUUUUUUUUCUAUUUGGACACUGCUGGUGGAACAUUCAUCUUUUGCAAGAGCAUAAUCUUGCACAUUUGGAAACAUGAGAAAUUGUGUGACAUAGUGGUCAUUAGCCUGGUUUUAGAGUCAGGAAACCCCGAGUUCAAAUUCUGCCUCUGAUAAGUUAGUUUUAUAAUCAUAUAUGAGUCCUUUACCCAUCAGUAUCCUCUGGUGUCUCUCCAAGGCUGUUUCUUGUUCCUUAAAUCCUUUAUUGGCUAUCUUAGAAGCAAUACUUAGUAUCUAAGUAACUAAGUAUCUAGGCAAUACUAAGUACAUCGAGGCAGAAAAGUGGUAAGGCCUGUGCAAACCAGAUGAAGUAAUUUGCGGAGGGUCACACAGCUAGGAAGUGUCUGAGGCCAGAUUUGAAUCCAGGUCCUCCCUACUCCAUGCCUGGCACUCUUUCCUUGUGCUACUUAACUGCCCUUUAAGGCUAAAUUUCAAACAAACUCCAUCAUGGGUUGAAGGAGUUUCUGCCCUUGUAGGCUCCCAAACCAGUGAAAUCACAGACAUCUCCCCCACCCCGCCACCCUCCCGGAAAUGGUUUCAACAAAAGAAAAUCAGAAUGUUUCAAUCUUUGCGUUUCUGGUUUUUGUGCCUAGCUUCAGUAACAAAAUAAUAAGGCAUAUAAUUAUCACCAUAACUGAUAUGGGACAUGAGAUGUGCUUUUCAAAAGUUUAUGAUCAAAUCAGCACUUUUUCCCUUAUUGCUAACUUUCUCGAGCAUCUUCUAUGCUAGCCAUGAUGAGAGAUACAAAGCAGUAUAGGAUUCAGCCCUUCCCCUCUAGGAGCUCCUGGUGGGAAAUCAGACUUAACUGUCUCACCAUUACAAAGUAGGGGGUAGCAGAAGGAACCCCGGGUUUAGACUAUAGGGAGCUGGGCUCAUCUCCUGCCUCUAUUCCUGAUUGCUUAAGUGACCUCAAGGCCAAUGUCUUCUCCUUUCACUUUCCUCAGCUGUAAAAAUGCUUAGAGUUGGACUAGAUAUCCCCAAAGGUCCCUUCCUAUCUAAAUCUAUGGCCCUGUCCUUCCAAGUCCAGAGUGAAUGGUAUAGACAGAUGCUAAGUGAGGCUGGAGUUCAGAUGAGGGAGAGAGAAUGUGCCCAGCUAACUCUGGGCUUUCAUAAUCCAUAUUAACCAAAUAUUAAUGAGCUUCUGCUGCCUCAUUAAACAGAAAGGAUCAUGAAUGUAGGCUCAUCCAUUAAGUUUUAUCCUCGUUGGUCUGAUAGCAAACGGCAACAAGGAUUAUUAGGCCACGCUACAAUCCCAAUGAGAGAAGACCAUAUAUAUGCAUUGGGCUUGCCAUUACUAUCCCUGUUAGUAAUGACUCCUCUCUAGUUCUGAACACUACAGGCAUUAGAAUCUUUGGCACGAUCAGAUUCUCUCUAUGGGUCCCUACAUCAGCGGCCACUGCCAAGUGGCCACAGGAGGCUUCCUGGAUGACAUCUAGAAUACCAAACACCAGAACAUAGGCGGUAACGACUGUCCCAAUGAGACUUCCCUCCAGCACCAGUGUUGAUACUAUGGGCUUAGAGUGGUUGCCACAUGAGGUUCUGAUAGAAGAUUGCUUAGGAAAAUUAUUCUCAUCUCAUCUGAGGAUCCUUGAGGUUAGCCAGUGCAAAAGGCAAACUAGCUUCAAUGAGUUUGUUGGUUCCAGAGACAUAGAUCUUUCUCAGAGUUUCAAUGCCUAUCUUGUUUUUAUUUCUCUGACUAAUUUGGCUGCCCUCUGAGCUCUGUCCCCAGAAAAAUGAGGUGAAACCAGCAUUUGGUUAAAGCCUUUUUUCCCUAUUGCCAUAUGUCAAUUGUAGUCCUGUCCCUGAAAAGGGCUGGUGCUCUGUCAUCCAAGAAAGAUCUGAAACUCUUGUUUUUCCAGUUUGACAAAUGAACAAUGGUUUUGUCUGUGCCUGGGAGCUCCUUCCCAGAGAAUUCUCCUCUCAUGCCAACUCAGAAGCUAGGAAUUGGGAGAUAGUGGCUUAUGAAAGCAUUCAGAAUCUUAGACUCGGAGCUGGAAUGGCACUUGAGGCCAUGGAACCCAAUGCAUAUACUACAAUAUACCCAUGAAUUGGUCAUCCAGCCUUAGCUUCCCAUAACAAGGGGUAGAUUAGUGGAGCCUCCAAGGAUACUAGGUAAAGUAUGUUCCAGAUGUAGUAGUCAGCCUAUGCAAAGACACAGAGGUGGGAAAGCAACUGCCAAGCCUUGGGGGGCUGCAGAGGCUAGUUAGGCUAGAAUGUAGAGUGCAUCACAUGGGGUCAUGGGAAAGUAGGGCAUGUGCCUGUGUCAUACCAUACCUGCAUUAUUGGAAGAUGUGUUCAGAUUGGCAGGAGUACAGAUACAGUACACUGGGGUCUUUUUACCAAAACAACUUCAGUUUUGGAAAGAGCACUGGUUCUGGAGUCUGAGGACCUGGGAUUCUAUCACCACUCAUGUGACUUUGGGCUCAGAAUUCCUGGGCCUCUUUUUCUCUCUCCACAAAACCAGGGGUUUGGACUAGAAGACGACUUCUAAAAUCCCUUCCAGCCCUAGACCUAGGAUCCUAUGUUGGACUUUAGGCAAGUCAGUUCUCCUCCCUGGGCCUCAAUUUCCUCUUCCAUAAAAUAACAACAUUAAGCACAAAUGGCCUCCAUGAUCCUUUCCAACAUGGACAAGGAUAUUUCAUUUUGGUACUUAGUACAAUGCCGGGCACGUCACAGGUGCUUGAUCUAUGAUGCUAUUAUCCUGAUCUCACCUCUGUCCCCUGCCUUGAUUUCAUGGCUGUGAGGGAGAUAGUAUGGAACUUCAUGUUCUUCAACAAUAUGAGCUCAUCGAGCACUUGCUAUAUACUAAGAGAGACUGUCUCUGCCCUCAAGGAGGUCCCAGUCUGUCUAGUAGGAGAUAAGAAAUAAAUACAGGAGAAGAUAAUUAGCAAUCCAAAUCAUGGAGCCAGACAGCACAUUAGUCUGGUCAUGGUGGCAGUGAGCAGAAUGAGUUCAGAGGAGGGAAGAUCAAUGUGACCUAAAUGGGCAGGACAAGCAAAUACUGUAUGGCAGCAUCCUCCCCUGGCCCACCCAUGCAAACAGAGUGGGAUCGACAGGAACACCUAGGUAGCUUGGCAAGGGGAACAGAUAUUGCCCACAGGCCCGUCAAGGGGAGGGAACAUACCAGUAAGGAGGAAUCAGAACUUGAGCAGCAUAGACACAACCAAGCUUACAUUAGCUUAGCAAGAGGAAUUAAGCAAAACAGGAAGUAGCCAGGUGGGACUAUUUCCUUCCCAGGUUACUGUCCCUGAGAUGACCUCAAGAAAGGCACUGUGGAAUGAUGGAAAGAGUUGCGGGAUCUAGAUUCAGAUCCUGUCUUUGAUAUUUACUCUCUAUGUGAUUGUAGGUUUAUUACCCACCUCCCAGAGCCUCAGUUUCACUUCUGUAAAAUGAAGGAGGUUGUGUUAGAUGGCCCAGAGAUCCCUUCUUGGUUUAGAUCUAUGAGCCUAUGACGUCGUUCUCCUCCUGCCUUAACAUUUUGAUUUGAAGACAUAGUUUGUGAAGUCUGCUCAGGGUUUGAAAAAUGUUAGGUACAGGUCUUAAGCCUCUCAGAUUUCUGGAGACCCUGAGAUUCCUAGUAGUCCCCACCUCGAACCCCUGUCCUGGGCCAUGACCAGUGGCUAGGAGCCAAGAGAGUUCUUGUUACCAAUGCCUACUAGUUGUAUGUGGUAAGAGGGGUUGGGGGGGGAGGGGAGUGCAAGAGCCCCCCAUCCCACUUCCUGGGCUGUGUUGAGGGGAGAUGUGUCUUUGGCUAUCCAAGGAGAAACCACCCGGUUCCAUUUUUCCAUAGCAGUCUGGCCUGACACAGAAGUUAGGGUCUCUAGCACUGUUGGUCCAAUAUAAUACUGUAGGUAUGCUAUGGCUUAAUAUAGGUUUCAUGGGCUAGCCUGGGAACCUAACCACCAUGCAAAACAUUGUUUCUAUGGGAAAAUGUGUUCCAAGUUUCAAGCAAAACAACCAAAUUACAUAUAAGCUUUUGGACUCAACCCAAUGGGAAGUUGGAGACAGCCUGCACAAGAUGAAACUCUCCUGGCAGUCAUACUCCUGGCCGUUAGCAUUUAAUUUAAGACUUUGAAAAAAAACCAUUUCUCUUGGUUUCCUGGUUAUUCGUUUAUUAGAUUCUCAUCUCCAGGUUAUUUGUUGCCGCUCUCUCAACUUACUUUUCAUAAUUAGUAUUCUGAUCAGAGGACUAGCAAGGAUAGCACUUUGAAAAGAAUACUAUAUUUAGCCUUCAUCUUGUCCUGUGCCUCAUUGCUCAAGCAUGUUGGCAGGUUGGGGUUGGCUUUUUUUUUUUGCCUCUGGGUGUGGUAUUGGAAUAGCUGUGAAAUCCACACAGUGACUGGUCCUGGGACUGGCCCAAAUAAGCUGAAUGAGUCAGAUGAUUAAAUAGAAAGACCGUGUCCAUACCCUACAUGGUACUUCUGAGUCUGAGCCAGAGGGAGAGCACUAGCUGGGACCUGUUAGAAAUCACCUAGUCUAGGAAGCUCAAACCCACAGAGAGAGCCUGGGGGCCCAGAGAUGUUUGCAGCCCCCUCCCCGAGUUACCUUAGCCGGCCCACGGUCCCUUUGUUUGGAUGCACGUGUGCUGUCAAAUCUCUGGGAAGCGUUUAACAAAGACGGUGGUAUAUACAAGGAGUGAGUACCAGGUGGAGAAGGAUGUCAAUGACAAUGGAGCAUGAGAUUUGAGCUGGGGGCCAGAGAACCUGUGUUUGAAUCCUGAACAUGGUGCUUACUACCUGUACUGUAACCUUAUGCAACUCAGCUACCUUCUUUGAGCAUCACCUUCCUCAUGUGGAAAAUUGGGGAGUUGGACUAGAGGGCCUCUAAGUUCUCUUCCAACUCUAAAGCUAGGAUCUGAUGAGGCCCAGAGAAGGGUUUUGACUCUCAAGGUCACACAGUCAAUGAAGGAAAAAGGACCAGAAGGUGAGUUCCAUUUAACAAAUACUGAGUAGAUUCCAGGUCCCUGAGCAGUGCUUUUUCUGAAACACCAAGCUUUUUCCUCAUGGAUCAAUCAAAUAGCCAACCGACAGUUAAGCGCCUACUCCUUGCUAGGCUCAUAGGGGAUGCAAAGACCAAAACAAAACAGUCCCUGCCCUCAAAGAGCUCACAUUUUAUCAGUGGAGAUGUACACAAUAAGAUAUAGAGAAAAUAAGUUCGGGGGCACAAGCGGGAUAAUCAUAGCUAAUAUUUAUAUUGAGCCAGGAAUGGUGCUAAGUACUUUUAAAAUAAUAUAUCUUAUGGGGCAGCUGGGUAGCCCAGUGGAUUGGGAGCCAAGCCUAAAGACGGGAGGUCCUAGGUUCAAAUCUGGCCUCAGACACUUCCAGCUGUGUGACCCUGGGCAAGUCACUUGCCAAGCCCUUACCACUCCUCUGCCUUGGAACCAAUACACAGAAUUGAUUCUAAAAUGGAAGGUGAGGGCUAUAAAAAAAAAUCUCAUUUAAUCCUCCCAACAGCUUAUUAGUAUUCCCAUUUUACAAAUAAAGAAACUGAGGCAGAGGCUGAGUGACCAGACCAGAGUAACACAGCUAAUAAGUGUCUGAGGAUAGAUUUGAACUAGGGUCUUCCUGACUCCACCGUGCCUAUGUAGAAAAUGGCCUAAACUUUGAAGGAAACUUGGGAUUCUAAGUUGGGGAGAAAAAAAGCAUGCCAGACAUGAAGAAAGCAGCCUAUGUAAAGACAUGGAGAUGUGAGGUGGGAUGUAGUAUAUGAGGAAUAGCAAGAAAACUAGUUUGGCAGAUUGGAGACCUUGUAAUGAGCUUGGAAAGGUAGGUUGUGGCCAGGUUGGGAAGGGCUUUAAAUGGCAAACAGAGUUGUUUAUAUAUGAUUCGGGAGAUAUUCGGGAGCUCGUGAAGUUUAAUGAGCAGGGGAGUGACAUGACCACAUCUAUACUUUAGAAAAAUCACUUUGGCACAGCUAGGUAGAGGCCGGAUUGGAGCGGAAAUGAAGGGGCUUUUGAUUCAAUAUACUCUAAGGUUAGACAGUGCUGUCACCAGGUUGAUCCCCGAGGUUGGCUUUGCCCAUGAUGGUGGGACAGUAAGCCUCUUUGGAGGUUCAUAACAAGGGAGGGACAAAGGGUAAGUGGUCUGAAGCAGAGCUUGGAUUCUUCAUCUGUCCUUUACACUCACCCAGCAUGAGGGAAAUAAGUGAACUGGACCAGAUGGCUUCAAAGGGCUCUUCUAGCUCUCAAUCUAUGAACCUAUGAGGUCACAUGGGAGAGACCAAAUCCUUACAAGGCCUGGUUCUCAGUUCUCCUCCCCCAACUUCUGCAGAUUUUCCUCCCCUACAUUAAUCUCAUAGUCUUAAAAUUAAAACUUCUUUUGCUGUAGAGGAGGCGGGAUACGAACACGGGCCCUCUGUCUCUAUAUUCAUCCCUUGAAUUCCCAGGUUUUCAAUUGGAACAGUCCUUGGAGGUCACUGGUUCAAACCCAUCAUAAUUUAGAUGCUGGAUCUUUCUCGGAGAAGGAGGCUAAAUGCCCAAAGUCACAAAGGGAAUAAGGAGCAGAGCCAGGAGGAGUCAAGGCCAGAUCCUCCCAUUCUGGGGCGCUUUCCACUGUACAACAUAGCUUCCCAAGUGUUGAACUGAACCUCAGAGAGGCUUGAUUGAGCCAAGAAAGUCACUUACUUGGUUCUUCCAAAGAAUGUCACCCAUCAUUGCCAGCCUAAGUUUUCUUCAGAAAAAAAAGAAUAUUGAAAAGGCUCAAAAAACUCCACCAGCAGUGCCCAGAGAACUUAAAUACUAAUCUUAGCACAACUGAGGCAAAGAGAUUUUAGGCCCACUCAUGUGCUGUCUGAGCUGAAGCCAAGGGUCUUUAGUUUGCCUUCAAACGGGAGGACCAGAACCAAACUAGUCAUUUGGUGACAAGAUGUAGCAUCAGGCUACUAGAGGGAGAAGUCAGCUCUACCAUAUCAAAGGAUCCUAUGCUGGAAAGGUCUUUUGAGAUAAUCUAGUCCAACCCUUUCCUUUUAUAUUGGGGAAACUGAGGCCCAGGGAGAGGCCAAAGUCAGGAGUUUCUUUCUUAAGUAACAGACUUACCAUCCAUCACCAACCCUUCUUCCCUCCCCUCCUCCCAUAUAUUCAAAGCCUUUCCACCUUGGUUCAUUAGGAAGGUACAUAGCCUGAACUCAGCUGGCAUAAACCUUCAAGAUACCAUGGUGAAGCAUCAGAGAGUUAGAUCAGUGAAGGAUUGGUGUGAUUCAAGGUGUAGAAUUGGGAAAACCUGAAUUGCAAUCCAAUAUUAGAUGUCGUUGUUCAGUUGUGUCCAACUCUUUGUGACCCCAUUUGGGGUUUUCCUUGAAGGAGUGAUUUGACAUUUCUUUCUCCAGUUAAUUUUACAGGUGAUGAAACUGAGGCAAACAGGGUUAGAUGAUUUGCCCAAGGUCACACAGCUAGCAUCUAAGGCCAAAUCUGAAUACAGGUCUUCCUGACUUCAGGGCUGGCGCUUUUUCCACCAUGCCACCUAGUUAUCUAGGAAGCAUAUCUUCUUUAGCUAUGACCCUGGGAAAAUCACGUAACCUCUCAACAACAGUUUUGUCACCUCUAAAAUGGACACAAUAAUACCCAUAGUACUUAUCUCACAAGGUUCAUGUGAGAAUCAAAUGAGGUAAAGGUGUAUAAAGCUCUUUCUAACCCUUCUUAGUGUUAUGAAAUUUCACUUUUGCCAUUGAGUCCUGUGUAAGAAUAAAUAUCCAAGAUGCCAGGAGUUCCCAGAGGGGAGUGAAUGUCUCACUGUUGUCUUUGUAUCCCCAGGGUGCACAGUGCCUGGCACAAACAAGAGGUUAAUAAGGGCUCAUGGCACUGAAUUGAUUUACCAUCUAUUGACUUCCACAUUACAAAGCUGACCCACCCAGUGGUGGAAGUGGACUUUGAUUUAGGGUGAUGGUAAGGGUGAUGGGUUUAUGCCAAGCCAUCCAUGUAUUCCUGGCUCCUCCUCCCCUGUGAUCAAUGGCAUGUUUGGGAGAUAUGAAAGGGCUAUAAGAGGUCCCUGUAGCUACGGGGAGGAGCUAGCUAACUGGCAAUAUAUAUGUUUAUGUGGGCAGUGAAUUUGUGACCACUUUCAAACCAAAGUAACUAUCCUAGGCCAAGGCUAAAAACAAAGAUCCGUGUCCUUGGUAACAAGUGGAAUGAUGCCCAUCUGAGGCCUCAUUACAUCACUCAGGUGCAUCAUGGAUUCAUUCUGUUACCAUGAUGACCAGGCCAUUAUGUCUAUGUUCUAAAUUCUAAACUUGACCGCUCUCUGUAACACUCUUUUCCCCACCAGAGGAGGAAGCAACAUAACUUCCCCUCCUCAUUCAAAUGAGAAGGGACUUAGGAAAUGUGGCUUGGGUUGGUGGGAGAUAUAUCUUCUGCCAUAUGGCAGCCGUGUAGUGACUGUGAAGGAACUCCACUCUCCUCCAAUGUCUACCAUGCACCUAGAAGAGAUCAUGGCCGCUGCACUCGUGAGAACUGCAAAUAUCUUCAUCCUCCUCCCCACCUGAAGACCCAGCUUGAAAUCAACGGACGUAACAACCUGAUCCAGCAAAAGACCGCUGCUGCUAUGUUUGCACAGCAGAUGCAGUUCAUGCUCCCAGGCGCUCAACUCCAACCAAUUAUAAAGAAAAGUGAGGCCAAGACUAAUACUUCUUUGGUCUCACACACGUCAGUAGUCUUACGUGAAAGGUUCUCAACCAGACAGUACCCUCUAAGGACAAGAAGUAGGGGAUGUUCACUCACCUGUCAGACUACAUUUCCUGUGACUCCAUCACUUGCAACAAGCCCCACCAUGGCUUUCAGUCCAUAUCUAAGUCACGUUUCUCCUGGGAUGGGCUUGGUUCCUGCAGAACUUCUACCAAAUGCACCUGUGUUGAUGUCUGGAAACCCACCUGUUACCGUGCCAGGAGGCACUGCUGGCCAAAAAUUGAUGCGUACAGAUAAACUGGAGGUUUGCAGAGAAUUUCAACGUGGAAACUGUACCAGGGGUGAGAAUGAUUGUCGUUAUGCCCACCCAGUCGAUAUUGCCAUGAUAGACGCAAAUGAGAACACCGUUACAGUGUGCAUGGAUUACAUCAAAGGCCGCUGCUCCAGGGAGAAAUGCAAGUACUUUCAUCCCCCUGCACACCUGCAAGCCAAAAUCAAGGCAGCUCAACACCAGGCUAACCAGACAGCUGCAGCCGCAAUGCAGUGGGCCCUUUCCCGCCAUGCACAAAUCAGGUGGCCUUCUCUUCGUGGAAAGAUUGAUGCCAGGUCCUUUUGGGGAGCUAGAAGAUACUCAUUGUAUUCCUUGCGUCGUAUAGCAGCCCUGGUACCCCAGCUUGGAAAAACUCGUUUAGCGGCCCUGGCCCUACCACCUGGUGCCCUCCAACCUUUACCAAAGAGGCCAGCACUUGAAAAGAACAACGGUGCCACUACAGUCUUCAACCCAAGUGUUUUCCACUACCAACAAGCUCUAGCUAACAUGCAGCUGCAGCAACCAACAUUUAUUCCAACAGGGUCAGUACUGUGCAUGGCACCCACUGCAAGUGUUGUGCCCAUGAUGCACGGUGCUACGCCCACCACUGUGUCCGCAGCAACAACACCUGCCACCAGCGUCCCCUUCGCUGCAACAGCUACAGCCAAUCAGAUAUCCCAGUUAUCAGUAGAUGAACUGAGUAGCAGCAUGUUUGUUUCACAGAUGUAGACAUACCGAAUAGAAACAUGAAAAUUCUGAACAGCAAAAUCCUGGAGUAUCAGAACCUCUCCUUGGGACACUGCACAUGGUCUUUCUGUACAUUUUCCCAUUUCUCCUCUUUUACCAUCUCUACAGUAAGCCUGUUGCAGCAUACAUGUUAACCAAAAAACAAAACAAAACAAAAAAACAUAAAAUUUUUUAAAACCCCAAAAAAGUGAAAUACCAGAUUUAUGGAAAUGUAAAAAAAUAAAAAAAAAAGCGCGCUAUAUAGAAAAGAUUAACAAACAGUGCUCUUGUAUAAGACAUAAACAUAGACAAACUAUAAUCAUCUUUUGUAACAUGUUUCUUUAACACACGUAAUCUUUUUUUCUGAGUACCAUCAUGAUAUGUGCAUAUGCGCAGUGGACUGUUGUAUAUUAUCAAUGGAUAAAUGUUCGUCUUUUUAAAGUGUUAUCUUAAAGUUUUGUUUACAUCAUAGUCUAAUUGAAUUGUUUUAAGGUAUAUCAAAUAUACGCAAUAUCAUUUCCCAUUAAUGUUACGUCUUAGGUUUCCACAUAAUGUAAUUCUUUGGUGUGGUUCAUUUUUUACACUAAAAAUGUUAUGGUGGGAAACAGGAGUGACGGGCUUGAAAACCACGACAUGAGAAUGUUGCUAUAACUCUUCAUCUUUGGGCUAGUUCUGUAGGCUUACAGGGCAGCCUUCUCGAACGGUUUCUCUUUGGAGGACAUCCUGAUUGUGCAUGCAGUCCCUUACCAAUUACACACACAGACGUGGCAUGUCAACAUAUGCUUGUUUUCCCUUUAAGUGAAGUUGUGCUCCCUGAAUGGGCAAGAACCCCUCAACUGACUCCUCAAAAGUUCAAACAAAAAUGAAUUAGACUUUGCCUCCAUGACCAAUUUCUCAGCUUCACAAGUGAAAGACAUACAAAGGGACCAUUGCCAUUUCUUGGUAGAUCUAGGAUCCCAGCCCCUUGUCAUUCCCCCUCCCCCAUGGGAAUCUCCAAAUCUGAGCCAUUUCAACAUCUUCAGCGAAGAAAUUGGUCCUUGGAGGUUUAAAGUUACAUUAAUUACUGAAAUGUGGGGGCAACAUAGUGGGAAGAGCAUGUUCAUAAAUUGGAAGGGAAAUGAAUCCAGCCUCUUCAGCCUUUUCCUAAAUAAGGCAUAGUCUGGAAAAGCCAGCACAGGUGAAAGUGAGAGCUGGUUACAGAUAUGAUCUUUCUUCAUUAAAUGGACCCAGCUCCAAAUUAUAAAGGAGCCACAGUCAGAGAGGAUAGCCAUGGGGAGGGGGGCAAGAACUGAUACUAGAGAAGUUGAUUUUUGGAACCCUUUCUGUGGAACCCAAGCAGAAUCACAGGCCAUUUCUGUGAGCUUCUGCUAUUGCUAUCUCAAUCCAUUUCACCAGUGAAAAGCAACAGUAGCUGAGAUGUCGUGAGCACUUGUGAUUUCUAGUGACCAUAUUUUUAACUUCUGAGUCUCCCAUACCCUCACCAAGCCUUUUUUGCUUGUUUGUUUGUGUGUGUGUUUGUUUGUUUGUUUAGUGGAAACUUGGAAUCUGUAAACUUUUAGAUGUUUUGCUGCCCCUUAUGAUCUGACCCCACAGAGCUGGAAUGAAUUCAGUUGUCCAUGCUCAUAGAAUUUACGAUCAAGGAAAAGAUUUACUUGGUUACAGAAAUGGAAUUGAUUGGAAACAUUUGGUGUUUUUCCAUCAAUUUGCAGCCGAUUUUCUAAUAUUUUGUCAUUUUGUCCUCUUGUCAGGAGAGGGAUAAAAAACAGCAUCAUUUCUGGCAUAUACAAUUGGGGCAAAUGUGUAUAUAUAUAUAUAUAUAUAUGUAUUUUGUGACUUGCUGACCCCUGGGGGAACAGCAGGAGACUGAGAAAGGGAGUGCUAGGGGUAGUGUUUGAAUCCUACAAAUGUGAGAGAUGGAAGGGACUUUUAGAAAGCAUCUAUCUGGGCACCCCUCCUCCCUCCCUUUUACUUAUUAAGAUACUGAGGCUUCAAGAGGGGACAAUGACUCGCCCUGGUUAGUUGUGGAGCUGGGCCUAGAUCCCAGCUUUCUUUCAUGCCUCAGAAACAACUAUCUUCUGGAGAUGUGAUUUCCCCCUCCAAAUGCUCCCAAAGGGGAGCAUUUAUUUUGUCAUUGGGUGAGGAUCCCAAAAGUGUAGGAUUAGGCCUGUGAUGAGCAAAAAUCCUUAUAGGUCCUAAUCGCUAGCCCAAGGAGUAGGCUACAAACCAGAAUGCCAGUUCAUUUCUCAUUUGAUUUUUUUCACUGGCAUCAGGUAGCCUAACAUCCUAGAAUGGUAUUGCCUGUGAUUUAUGAUCUAACAGGCAUCUUUUAACCACUGAAUUUCUGUUUCCCGUGGUCUUAACAUUGUUAGUGGGAAAAAAGUGAUGUGUAUUUCCUGUAAGUGAUUCUUUGUGUAUCAAAAUGGGUUUUGCACAACCUGCGUGCCAGUGCCUCAAUCAAAAGCAAACCUGAUCACAUUCAGCCAGAAAAGGAUGUAUUGCAAAUGACCAUGGCUUUUUUCGCUAAAGGAGGUUGGAAUUCUGUCUGUGCUCAAUGGAGUUUUGUAUAUCUUGUCCCUUUGACGUUAAGCCUCCAGUUUUCUUUAAGUUCAACAGCUGGCAUUGAUGUGCAUAGAAUGUAAACCUAGACUGCAGCUGUUUUCAUGUUACAUUUAAAGCACUGAAGAAGAGAUAGAAAAGGAUUUUAGCAAAGACGUUCAGUAAGGGAUGUCCAGGGUAGGUUAAUCUUAUUGCGCGCCAUGACAGGUUUUUUUUUCUUUCCCCCUCCCCCAAUUGCCAGCAAAUCCCGUGCUAAUUUGUGAGCAAAUGCAAGGGAAGAAGACUUGAAGUAUUCACCAAAUUCCAAACAAACCUUGGCAAAAAGCAAAACAAAACAUAACCUGCCAUUGAAACUCGCUUGUGCAAUUUUUUUUUUACUGGAAUUUUCUUUGUUUGAGAAGAAAAGCAAAACAAGUCGUCUGACUCUAAAUUUCCUAAACAAAUACAAAGCCUAUUACAAAGUCACCAAGCUAAUCAGUGACUCUAAGCAAGUAUAAGAUUUAGAUUUCAUCCUUUAUUUGACAAGAGUUGUAUGUAAAAUUUAAAGCACUAUAAUUUUAGUGACAUUUUAUAUGCUUCCCACUUUUCAUGCACCUAUAUUUUUAUUUAUCCAAAGUUACUUUUGACCCACUUUUCUCAGCCUUAUGCAAAAAUAUGCAAGAACAGUGAAACAUAGGUAAAACAGGUCAUACAGAGGGGAAAAGAAAACAGAGACUGAGUGUUUGCAACGUUAGUAAUUUCAAUUCAGAAUACUUCUAUAGAACCAGAACAGAGACCAGAUAAUUUAAGAAGAGGGACUGAAGGAAAAUAAAUGCUGAAAAUAGUGAUAAUUCUUACAUUCACAUACAGAAUUUCCUUUUGCAAUUAGCACACAAUUCUGCAAUCAGCAAUGACUUAAUUUCCCAUCUCUUGACAAGGUUUUCAACACUGUCACUGAUGACUAUGUGGUAAAUCAUCUCAUUUCUUCCCCCUUCACACACACCAUCCAUUUCAGAUCAUGCUCAAACACUUGGAUUUUACCCCAAGUGUCAUCUUGCUCUGUAUGGGCUGUGGCUUCCCAAUGGCCACAGCCGAGGCUUAUCAGCUUACCACUUGGUGGGGUCUGGGGAAGAGCCAGGCUUCUUCCUGAAGUGCCCUUCUCCCUUCCCCCUCCUGCCAUCAGCAGAAGCAGAAUAGAAUAAAUCUUUAUGAUUUGAAGCCAUUCUCAGCCAAUUAACAUAAUGCUCUUUUAAUUGGGCACUGUUUCAUAUUACAUUUUAUCAAAUAAAGAAAAAGGGUCCCAUGUUCCCCUUGGGAGCACAGCCAAGGCUGUGCUCUUCCCCACCAAGAGUUCAGUUGGGACUGCUUGGAUCGGUUCAGAGGCAGUCACAGAGUCCCAAUUCAUUCUUCCAGUUAGUAAUGUCAAAUUCAGUACAUCAUCAUAUUGAGAAACUAGAAUCCUUGUUUUUCCCCUUUAUCUCUUGGCAUUUCACAUGCAAUGAAAACAGAUUAAAGAAAGAAGGAAAAAAAGAUGAAAUUGAUAAGGAAAAUCCCAAGGCCCAUUCCCAUUGAACGGACUUAUGUAUGACAGUGACCUGAUUUUACCAUAUGCCUGUUGAAGGCCUUAGAAUAUACUGUAUGUUAAAGACUGUAAUAACUUUCUAUGAAAUAUAGUCAACAACCUAAUCCAAAUGUAAAUAUAGGUACAAAAUGUUUCUAGGCAUCAGCUUCUUAGUUCAUAGUUUGUAAUCAUGAAAUUAAUUUUAUUUUAUUUUCUGCUAGCUUUUAAUAUAUUCCUUACUUUUUUCUUCUUAAGCUCUUUAGCCAAUGAAUGAAUUUAAUUUUGAAGGAGAAUUAGGACACGGUUAAGAUGUUACUCCACAAACUUAAUCCAUUUAGUUCUGUCCUAAGCCAGGAACCCUUAUAGCUUAUAAGGACUCUAUCUGGUUUACAGAUUCAGAAAAAAAUUAGCUUUGUACACAACUCCUGUGAUAAUGGAUUCAUUCUUAACUAGUUCUCUUAAGUUCUUCUUGCUAUGACAACAAAACUACAACAUGGCUACCUUCGUAGACAUUAUUUGUAAGGUUUUUCACAUGUAAAUUUAAAAUGAAGUAAAACAGUAUGAGUUUGUCCAACGUGCCCUUACAUGCUGUCAGAAAAAGAUAAAAUUGAAUAUAUGAAAAAUCCCAAAGUCCCAUGUGAAAGCUGACUGGGUGACUCCACUGUCACCUUUUCAGUCCAGAAGUUUACAACAUAUGGCUUUAGAGUCAGGUUUUAUAGCUUGUAGAGUUUGUUCUGUGUAAAAAGGGUUAUUCCACAGUAUUUUCACUCUCCAGACACAACCCACCCCGCUGCCUUUUAUUUACACCACCACCUCAGUCCACCCGCCCGCCUGCCGGUCUCUGCUUCAUUUCACAUCUCUCUCUUCUCUCCGCUGUGUGUCAAGUCACAACAGUCUGGUUUCAUUUCUUUAGCUCUGCUUGCCAAUUUUAUGUUGUCUGGGAUUCCGUUCUUACUUUCAUGAGUAUAUCAGAUGCAAAAAUCAGGGCUUAACGAAUUAAACAUAUGAAUUUUUUUCAUGUUAAUUUAUAUUUGCAAAGCUGUAUAUACAAAACAAUAUUGUGGAAUGACCCCUUAACAGUGUUGAAGCUACCAAUAUGCUGCAGUUAAACUGAUUCAGUUAGUGUGAGAAUGAAUGUGUGAGACACACCUUUUUUGCACUUAUGUACAUAGUCCACGAAAGAAAUCCUUGGAGCUUAUUUUGAAUAUAAAAAGUCUGUAAUAACACAGAAAAAGUUUGUAAAAGAGAUAGCUAUUACUAAGGCUUUGAAAAGAAGGAAAUUUUUUGCUCUAACCCUUAAUCAGAAAGCAUGCCAUUUUUGCUUUGCUACUUGACUGCUUUCUCAUUUGCCAUAGCGUACCACACAAUACAGCAGAUUAUUCACAGGUCAACUUCAACUUGCAGCACUAAAGAUGGAGAACAGUUCUUAGUCUGUUAGCAAAAUCAUUAACCAAAAUUUUAAUUGCAUUCAUAUGUCAACCUACUUUGGAAUCGUGGACUAUGUAGAUACUGAUAAGUUUCUGAAUCAUGCUUUUUUCCUUUCCCUUGGAAGUUAUCAUUAACUGUGGAAAACACUAUAGAUUAGGAGAAACACAGACCCCAUUAGGAUCAGCUCCAGUCCCCAUGCUUCUACAUUGAUGGCCAUCAGUGCAACACAUGUAUUCAAUUCACAGUUUGAUUCAAGAAGCAUUUCAUCAUCACCCACCUCAUGCCAGGCACUGUACUUAGUGUUAAAGAUACAAAUAAAAAAUAGAACCACCCAGAUCUCAAGGAACUUACAUUCUACUUAGGCAGGGAGACAACUUGUACAGAUAAAGUCUAUACAAAUUAGAUACAAAAUUAAUAGAAAGUGAUUGAGGGAAGGAAGGACUGACAACUGAGGGUAUCAGGAAAAGCUUCAUGUAGGAAACCUUGUAUGUUGCUUAAUUGGAAAUGAAAUCAUUUAGAGAUACACACUAACUCCCAACUUUAGUGCCUGGCACCAUGUAACACAACUGGGAAAUACAGAUGAGAGAACUGGAGAACUCUUUAAGAGGAUAUUCGACCUGACUGGCAAGGGGAAUGGUUUUGUACUCGCACCACUUCACCAGCUACAACUUCCCUUCAGCUCGUAUGUAGCCCUGAUUGCAUGAUCCUAGCUUGGAUCUGAGUAGCCUUCAUUAUACAUGCUAUGUUAGACCUAGCAGGACAGAAGAGGAAUGGCCAUGGGCAUAGAUAGCAGGUUAGCUAGGCUUAGAUGUUAUAAAGACUGAAUUGGGUUCCAAAAUCCUCUUCUGGCUACCACAUCAACUACAGGAAGCACCUCUGUCUGGGAAGUUGAGCUGAGGAUGGGAUAUGAGGAUGGAGUGUUAAUGUGCGGUGCCCCCACUGAUGGCCUCGAUUUUCUUCCAUCUUCAAGGUAUAUAGCUCCUGCCCUGGGCUUGGGGAAGUCAUCUUGAGAUGGGCAUCUGGAGCUGGUGUGCCUUAAAAUUGCUUUGACAGUGUUACUAUGCAUCCCUACUAGUAUCAGAUCACUAUAGAGCCUGAAAAAGAAGCCACAGCCUAUAAACAACCCAUCCCAGAAAUGAUUGUCAAAAUGUGACAAAAAAUCAGGUCCAAUUGGCUAAAAAUGUUGCAUUCAUCAUCAAUUUUUUUUACUGUUAACACCUCAUCAUUAUUUUUUUACUGUUAACACCUCUCUACCAUAAUCAUUUGAAUCAGUCACAUAGCAAACCAAGGAAGUUAAUAUCUAGCCUCUCUAAGUUAAGAAACUCAAACAUUUAAUCUCCAGAAAUGGGCUUUCCCCUCAAAUUAUGGUAAAGAAUCCUUCCAUCAUUUCAACUAGAAGGAAUAGCUCAUAAUACCAGGAUUGAACUUAGUCGUUAAAAAAUAAUCAAGUCAUUGGCUAUAGGCAGAACACCUUUGGGGCUAUUAACACUGUGGCUAUAAUUCUAGGGGGAAAGCCAGAUAGAUAAUUAAGAUGACCAACUUGAUGACAGAGGCCCUGAAAGUGACCUCUAGUUAAAUCCAUAAAAUGUUUAGACUGAAUGCCUUCCAGCCCCUUCAUUUAGUCCUACCUGUGGAAAUUUUGAACUCAGUUUUCAUUCACAUUGUCCAUACCUUUUGAUCACAGCCUAUGGUUUAAGAGAAAGUAGAUAGUUUUCAAUAGAAUCACAUGAAUGGUUUAGCUCCUUUAAGUAAUGAAGAAUAGUUGCUUUGUGACUUUUGUUCACUUUGAGCCAUGCUGACUUUCAUUCCAAUCCAAGCUAACUCCAAUCCAGUUCAAUUCAUGCUAUUCAAUCCAACCCAUGCUUAUGCCAUUGCAAUUUGAUCCAUGUUCUUCGAUACAAUAUAGUCCAUACUAUCUACAGUUCAAUCCAAGCUAACUUCAGUUUAACCUAAAUCAUGCUAAUUUCCAACUCAGUUCAAUCCAUGCUAAUUCUAAUCCAACCCAUUUCGUGCUAAAUCCAAUCGAUUGUUCACUCCUCCAGUCCAACAAACAUCAACUCACUUCACAUAAUUCCAUUUGAAAUCUACUUUCUUUUCUAUCCCUCCCAAAAAUGACUCUACAAUUCCUUCUCUCCCACAAAAAAACACUCUUCAGAUCUGAGAACUAUGUAUAACUGCAUUUCCACUUACAGCAUCUGUUUGGUUUUUUUCUCCCCCCUAAAACACUGUCCUCCAUCCUCAUCUUAAAAACUUCUGAUUUGACCAGUUGGUUUUAUUUCAUCCUCUGGGGAAAUCUUCUGAAAUUGGCCUGGGGUUUUAGGCUGCUAGAGGAUAUUCUAAUUCUCAUUGGUUCGCACAGAGAUGAAGAAUCUCUUUUUUUUGGACUCUAGAAUUCAAUAAAAAAUGUGUCCUCUCUCUGUCUCCACUCUCUGGUUAGCGUCCAUGCAAUGCCCUAAUCAUGGUUUCAUAGUGGCUUAAUGUGUGUUAAAGAGCACAGGACUCUUGGUUUAUACUUUCGUUCCUUCUCUGAUGUUGGCGAUUUUGAAAAUACCUAUUUGUACUUGUAAAUGAAUCAUGACUGUAAAAUCUUUUUUCCAUUCAAGAAACACUGCUAAAAAUCUUUGCUUGUGAUCUGCUAUGUCAUAUACUCUUUCAUCAGAAAUACAAAUCUCUAUGCCUCUGUAACAAGACAAAAAGUAACACACCAAUUUUUUUUAAAAGCCAACUUUUUGUAAUGUUUUUCUCUCUAAACACAUGACAGAAGGAAUUGCCUGACAGAAUUACAAGGUCCCAGUUCUUUAUUACUGUUACUACUAUUACUAUUACACAGAUGUCUGAUAGUAUUGGAAGCCAAAUGAUUUUGCUACCAUGAAUCUUGUGUCCUAGCAGAUGAGGGGAUGAUAAGACCAUCAUUCUAUUGGAUUGUCGGAUUUCUCUGGUUCAGAUUUGAUUCUCUUUUGUGGUGGUUGUGGUUUUUUGGGGUUUGGGGUGGGAGGGGGGUUUGCUUGUUGUUUGGGUUUGGUUUUUUCUCUUUUUUUGGUUGUGGUUAAUUGUUUGCUUGUUCUCAAAAUCAUGAAACAUGAUCCACCCAUUUGCUGUCACUUGAUAAUGAUUGCCGCUUCUCAAAUUGACGUUGUCACCUAACCAUGCCGAAGCAGUUGCUGAAAUCACAAGAAGACAAUGUGUGCUCCAAAACUGACUGGCUUUAAAUGCUAACUGAAGAGCUUGUUAUCUAUAGUAGCUAUACUGUGUAAAGUACGCGCUUAUUUGCCAUAGACACUUCUGGUUAAGCAUAAAGUAAAAGGAACAUUAGGCAGGAAUAAAACAACUAAGAAUUGAUUAGUUCUAGGUAAAGAUGCUGUUAGCCCUUUGUAACUGUAAUGAAUCACAGCAGUGGUCAGCAGACAAUGAGGCAUUAACUGUUCCAAUAAUGUUCCCUCAACUGCUAUCAACAGAAUGGAUGCUUGGACUUUUUUUUUCUGCAGAAUUAUAUCGCUAUAGUGCUUGUCUGUGCAAAUGUGCAUAACAAAACCCAUUUUAAUAUGUUACUUCUAUAUCGUGGUUUAUUUUUUGACCUUUUAAUAAAGUGUACAAAAUUCUG